GAAAGCAACCGCUUCUAAUAAGCGUAUGAGCUAAUCGUCAAUUGCUUAGCCUCCUCCUCUUGCUGGCGAAGAAAGUGAGGGGAAAAAAAAGAAGGGCGAUAGAAAACCCUAACCCUAGCUUCGAUCCUUGAAUCUGAUCUCUAUGGCUUCGGGUGGAUCUUCAGGCCGAACCUCGUCAGGGCCGAGAUCGUUCGAUUUCGCCUCCGACGACGUGCUCUGUUCUUACGAUGACUACAGCAACCGGGAUCCAUCAAAUGGGAAGCGAUCGGAUCCGACGCCAAAGCAUUUCCAUGAAAGCAGAACAGAAAGACAGUUAGUUAGUGUUUAUGGCCAACAAGAUGAGUAUCCCAAAGAAGAAAUAAUAGACGCUGUUGAGAAAUGCAUGAAGAAGUAUGCUGACAAUCUACUCCAUCAUCUCGAGGGAAUCAGUGGACGCUUGUCGCAAUUGGAGAUAUACUGCUACAAACUUGAACGUUCAAUUGGUGAAUUUCGAGCUGAUAUGAUCCGUGAUCAGAGUCAAGCAGAUACAAAGAUCAAAACUCUUGAAAAACAUUUACAAGAAGUUCACAGAUCCAUUCAAAUUCUCAGAGACAAGCAAGAACUUGCUGAAACUCAGAAGGAGCUCACAAAACUCCAGCUAGCACCCAAAGAAUCUACCUCUCCAACCCAGUCUCAAAAAAGCAAAGAGGCCAUUGCACCGUCAUCUGUUCCUGAGCCCAAACAGCAUGAUGACGCACCAGAAAUCUCCAAUCAUCACCUAGCCCUUGCUCUGCCCCACCAAAUCCCAGCACCAACCUCUCUUCCCAUCAGAGCACCUGACCUUAACCAGCUCCCAAUGCAGCAGCAGUCAACUGCCUCUCUUGGCGUUCCACAUGACCGUUACGCUCCGAACCAAUCAGUCACAUUUUAUCCUCCGCAGAGCCAGGCGUUGCAGCAUGGGGUGCAAUAUAUACAACAAAGACCACAAAUUCAGGACUCAACACAAGCACUGCCACCACCUCAGCAGCCUCAAGUAGUGAGCCAGGCACAAACCACACAGCCAUUGCCUCAGUACCAACAGCCUCAGCAGUUUGCACAACAGCUUGCUGCACCAACUCAACCCACAUCCCAAGCCCAGCUUGUCAGGCCUCGAACUCCACCCACUUAUAUUUCAUAUACCCAUCAAUCGGCCAAUCCUGAAACCUUCACUUAUUCUACAGCUCAUCAAUCCUCAAUGAACCGCCCUGAGCCAAUGCCAUUUGGUUAUGGAAGCUCAGUUAAUAUACCACCAGGCCAACCACAGCAGCAGGCUGGGAGCCAAAGUUCUUUCGGAAUGGCUCCGGCCAAGGCUAGUGGUCAUGCAAACCCUGCACCUUAUCCAUCACAAUCUAGUGUUCAGGGCUAUAACACAGUCUACAGUAUUGAUGGGAACAGAGUUCCGACUUAUCAACCAGGAAGCUACUUGCCACCAAGCAAUGUCCAAGGCUUUCAGAACCAGCAGCUUCCUCCUAGCAACAAUAUUGGGUUUCAUCAUCCUGGAGCUCAGUUAAUUCGAAGCCAUCCUUACGCUGACAUGAUUGAGAAGGCAGCUGGCAUGGGAUUUCCAAGGGAUCAGGUCGUUGGUGUGAUCAACAGGAUGGCAGAGACCGGGCAUCCCGUGGACUUCAAUGCACUGCUUGACUUGUUGAACUCCGGUCCUGCUGCUGGUGGGCCGCCUCGAGCAUGGUCAGGCUAGGGAUUUGGGUGGUAAUGGUUCGAUACCUGAUACCUGCGCGAAGGUGAUUUUAGGAGUACUUCCGCAGAGGCUGCAGGUUAUCAAUAAAGCAAUUAUGCUGUAGUAGGUUCAGAUUAUCUUGUGUAUACGGAUUUGUGUGAGUUUUAUGAUAUUUUGGUGCUCCAAUAGAUGUCGAGGUCUAAUGACAUGUGAUUUUGUAGUUGAUGUCAUGAACUGCUGCGGUGAACAAUUGGCAAGAUGCUUAACAUUGCAUCUUGGUAAGUAUGGCUCUCAGCUUUUUAAUGGAGAGCCUAGAAAUACCUAGUUAAAGUCUGAUUAAUGAGAAUUAUUUCUUAUUCA